AUGAGGCCUCGGUGCACGAUAGAGGCGUUCGGGCCUCGUCUCUGCAGGGGCUCGACGCUCUCUUCCUUCGCGGCUCCAGUCGCCUCGACAGCUGCUCUCGGGACUUCUGCAACCUUCGCCUUGCGGCCUCUCGUCGCCACCCGUCAUUCGCGCCCGAGCCUUUCUUCUCACGCUUUCCCGCCCUCCUCUGCCUUGUCUCCUCUACCGUCUGGCGUCUCUCUGGAUCCCCGUUCUUCCCUUUCUUUCCUUUUUCGUUUCUCGCCGCGAGUGUCCUCUCGCCCUGCGACGUCGGCGGAGCCUCGCUUUCUUUCCAUCCCGUCUUCUUCUUCUCGACAGCCAGGCAAGGAGUCCUUUCGCGAUCUGCUCAGUCGGUUGGAAGCCGAAGAAACGAGAGAGACCGAGCAAGAAUCGUCCCCAGUUGCCCCGCAGAGGGGACACCCGGCGACCGGUGAAGCGUCUCCUCGCGACCCGCCAGCUUCUUCUCUCCGCUCGUCGGUCUCCUCGGGCUCUGCUGCCUCCUUGACACAGCGCGAGCUCCUCAGGAAGCUUCUUCAGUCUUUUUCGGCGCAUUACGAUCGUAAUUUCUUCUACCCUGGUUGCCAAUCUGCUCCCCUCGACGGACCCUCUACCUGGCAUUCUUCUUCUGCUUCUUCUCCCUGUUCUCCUCUGUCAGGGCUUCAAGCGCUGCUGGGGAUUUGCAGUUUCUGGUUCUCUGAGAUUCGGCCUGCGUCUUCGAAGAACGAGGCGGAGGCGCGUGGGGCCGCGGAUGCCUUUGUGCGCUUCCGACUCUUCUUCUCCACUUCGGCCGACCAAGUGUCCUUCUUCUCUCUCUUUUCCUCUGACCGACGCGGCGACGACUGUGCUGCAGAGGCGCCCGCGUCGUCCUCUCUCGUUUCCCCGUCCUCGCUCUGCGGCGACGUGUGGCGCCUUCUCGCCCCGGCCCUCUUCCCCACAGACGUGACUCCCACGGCGUCCCUAGUGAAAGGGACUUGUCUCCUCCUUUCCACGGCCCUGCUUCAGCGCGCAGUCGGCGCGACAGCGACGCUUGCCGGUCUCGGUCUCUCUGCCGCAACGUCGUCGCUGGUGUCUCUUUCUGCGUACCGCUACUUGAACGCGGACUCCCUGCAUGUGUCGGGGACCAGCGGGCCACUGUUCUUCACUUCGGCACUGUUGCUGUCCCUUCCGGGGCUCCCCGGCGGGCGUGUCUCCUCGCUGGGUCUCGUCGACACGCGCUUGGAGCCCGAGGGCCAUCCCGACCGCGCCCGAAGCCGAGGCCCUGACAGCCAAGGUGUCUCCUCCCCACACCGAGGCGGGGACGCGAGACUAGAGAAAAAGGGACGACCCCAUUUGGAGACGCGAGGCGAGAAGCGACACGGAGACACCGGGGGAGGACAGAGAAGUGGGAACCUCCGAAGCGACAAGAAAAUCUUGAGCGUCUUGCCGAGACUCCCCAUUGCGGCAACGGCCCUCGCAGUUCCUGUGUUCUUCGAACUCGCUUUGAAGGCGCCGGGAGCGUUCGAGGCGGUCUUGCGGUGGAGCGGCAGAAGCGGGGAAGGACACGAAGAGGGAAAGGUCGAAGGGGAGGCGGAGACUGAGAGACGAGCGGACAAUACUGGGGAAAAUUUCAACGAAGACAAGAGCAAGAGCACUGCGAGAGAAUCCGAGAAGAAAUUCUCUGGGGAGACCCGGGGGGCGGCGGGAGACAUGGAGACAGGGGAUGCACGGCGAGACGAAGAGACAGCGAAGCGGACACCUACGAUCGCUCCCUCGGAGAUGAAGACACGCGCCGCCGGUGCUGGGGAGCCCAACGCUUCGUCUCCGUGUUCGCCGGCUUCUUCGAGUCUGUCUCCGUUUCCCUCUGCCUUGCCGCCGCAACCGAGCGCUGGAUAUGUGCAGGAGAGAAUCUUGUUUGAGACUGCUUUGGCGGCGGGAGUGUCGGCAGCUCUCGAGAGACAGAAAGAGCAAGGGAAGACUGUCUCCAGGGAUCUCCGCCGAGCACGCGUGGAAGCCGAGGAGGCGGCGGAAGCGUGGGAGCGACAGUGGGAAGCUUUGGAAAUCAGAGACAUGCGCGUCCUAGGCGACCUUCUCGUCUUCCUUCUCACCUUCGUUGGAGCGCGAUGUGCUCGGAUUUUCCCGCGUUAG